AUGUUGGCUUGGAAGUACAGGCCGCAUGACCUACAGGUGAAGACUGACAUUAUAUCAAUGGCAGUGAGUUUACCUGAUCUGUUUGUCCUCCAAGGCACCUCCAUGGCAGACAGAGAUGAGGUGAACCAGAUCAUGGAAACAAAUCUAUGGCUCAGGCAUAUUUGGAAUGACUACAAGCUGCGGUGGAUGCCUAGGGAGUUUGACGGGAUCGAGUUCAUUAGAGUUCCAUCCAACAAGAUCUGGAGACCUGAUAUCGUGCUCUACAACAACGCUGUAGGUGAUUUCCUGGUUGAGGAUAAGACCAAGGCUCUGCUGAAGUUUGAUGGUACCAUCACCUGGGUCCCUCCAGCCAUUUUUAAGUCUUCCUGUCCCAUGGACAUCACCUACUUCCCCUUCGACUAUCAGAACUGCUCCAUGAAGUUCGGCUCCUGGACUUAUGACAAAGCCAAGAUUGACCUGGUACUAAUCGGGUCUAAGGUGAACCUGAAAGACUUCUGGGAGAGUGGCGAGUGGGAAAUCAUUGACGCUCCUGGCUACAAGCACGAUAUCAAGUACAACUGCUGUGAGGAGAUCUACCCAGACAUCACCUACUCCUUCUACAUCAGGCGCUUGCCACUCUUCUACACCAUCAACCUCAUCAUCCCCUGCCUCCUCAUCUCUUUCCUCACAGUGCUGGUUUUCUAUCUCCCGUCCGACUGUGGUGAGAAGGUCACGCUCUGUAUCUCCGUCCUGCUCUCCCUCACUGUGUUCCUGCUCGUUAUCACUGAGACCAUCCCCUCCACGUCGCUGGUCAUCCCGCUCAUUGGAGAGUACCUGCUCUUUACAAUGAUUUUUGUCACGCUCAGCAUCGUCAUCACCGUGUUCGUGCUGAACGUUCACUACCGCACGCCAAUGACCCACACUAUGCCGGAUUGGGUGCGCUCGGUGUUUCUCAGAGUGCUACCGAGGAUCAUGCUGAUGCGGAGACCGAUUGACGAGGACAGCAAGACUGGGGGGUUGGACAGCAGUGGGGAGGCAGGAGGAGCU